ACGUAACUCGGCCAUUCAUUGAAAGACGUUGAAUUCGAAAGAGUGGUAUAUCGYUUUAAACAAUCAAAAUAAACUUCUAUACAGCACAAGAAGGAAAGAUUUAUACACAUUCUCUUAAGAAGAAACUUUGGGAACAUUUGUGUUAAAAAAUGGAGAGAGAAACAGAAAGAAUUAUUCAAGUUUCUUUAACUAAAAUAUCAGACUGUCGACGUCGUCGUGGUGGACCGUUGUUGAGACGAAGUUUGCUCGUUUCUAAUAUUCUAAACAGUGCAAUAACGACUUCAGAAACAUCUUACAGAAACUACAGAACACCGAAAGAGCUUGAUUUGGACUGUGAUGGACUUGAACAAGAGACAAUGUGUGUCGAUCGACCGAAUUCGUUGCGUGACGACGCGGGUGGAUCAGGAAAUUCACAUGAGUUCAGAAAUACGUCAAAUAAUAACGUGCYAGAUAGCAAAGUACUUUGUGAAAGAACAGUUAUCGAAAAUCAAGUCAUAAAUACAACAACUACUAAAGAAAGGGAUAAUAAAACGUYAGCAACGAAUAGUUCACCAAACUCUUUAUCAUCGAACAAGGAAUCGACUGUAAAGUCYGUCACCGUUGGGUUAAAACGCCCUCGGUCCCAAUAUGUAAAUGAACCUUGUGAAAAGCACGCGGUCACCCGAAAAAGGUGCCGAACAAUGGAAAAGAACUCAAAAGACAGCGAGAAUAUUGAGCCUAUGGAUGUAUCGGUUCUUGUUAAUGUAUUUAGUACUAGUUUAAGCGGACUUUCGGGAUUUUCUACGAAUUCUACGUCGAGUGAAACGUUUAUAUUUUCAUGUAUAAACUCUCCUGUGAACAGUGGCUAUAGCUUGCCGAAAUGGCAGCAUACUGUAGCAGCMUUCUGAACAGAAAACAAGAAACAAGUACUCUGAUGAACAGAUACUGAACGUGUMAUGUCUGAGAAAGAUUACAGCUGUGGUAUGUUGUGGCUUGUUCGUUAUAUCCUGGAAGUAGCCGUUAUUACGCAACAAGUAAACUUUACUUCUKAGAAUAUUAURAUGGUGGACAUGCAUGGCAGACGAACCCAUUGUUAUAACCUGUCCUCAUUAGWUUUUYACGACAAAAGCCCAACUUCAACAAGCGAACAAAAAGGAUAUUUGAAAGAGAUUGUAUAUUUUAUAAAAAAAAGAAUCUUGUUUCGUAAAGUUUUGUGAAAUUUUGAUACCAUGGUCGAAACGUUUAUAUCCCGAAAGCUUGUAAAUACUUUAGUGAAAGUAAUAUUUCAAAAAAUUCUAAAUGUAUAUGAUUAUCAACAAAUAAAAAGUUCAAAAUACUA